GAUUCUGUUGUAUAGUUGUGUAUACAAUACAUUAUACAGCACAUUCUGUACAAAUUAAAAAUUAAAUCAAUUUUUACACUGAGUAAAAUGUCUUCCUUAUUUGUUAAUAUUAUUGAUUUUGAUAAAACCAAUGGACAUGUUAUAUGUUCAUUACAAACAUCAAUUGUUUUAUUUGUUUGUCAAUAUGUUAAAGCUCCAGUUAUUCUUGUUGUGCCUAAAAACAUUGAGAAUGAACACAUUAAGUUUAAAUUCUCCAUCAAUGAUUUAUGUUAUUCAAUUAUAUUAGAAAAUGAUUUACCUAGACCAGCAGCAGAUUGUUUAUUGCCAGUAUUUCAAAGUGACAAUGGAUAUUAUUGUACUGCUGGGUUUUGUUCAUCAAUACGAAUGCUUAUUAAAAGUAUUCAAAAAAAUUGGAUUUGGCUGCUUGGUUUUAGGCAAAGUUGUUUAUCUGCUUGUGCUGAAGUAUCAUCGUGGACAAAAUAUUGUGAAGUCCAAUUGCAGGCAUCAAUAAACACGUUUUUUGAUUAUCAGAUGCUUGAUGAAAACUCCACAUAUUUGAUUCCUAUACAACUGGCUCGAUUUGAAUGUCAUUUAUCUCAGCCAUUGCAAAUACACAAUAUUAAUAAACGUUUAAAUGAAAAAUCACUCCAUCCUACUCAAAGAUUUGCAGAUGAAGACAAUCCAACACUUUCAGAUGUACUGAUACUUCCAAAUAUAUAUAUUGCUUAUGAAUUGCUAGGGGAAAAUACAAUGGAUACAUUUUUACCUUUAACUUUAAAAUGGUACAAAUCUGUUUUGGAACGCUUGAAUAUUGGUAGUUAUCUGGAAUGUAUAAUUUUUGAUAGAGUUAAAUUGCCAAAAAAUCUAAUUUUGCCUGAAGUCCCACUUCAUUCUUUAUAUAAAUGUGAUGUACGCCGAUAUAAUCCACGAGCAAAAACAUAUGUUAAACAAAAUGUACAAGAUAUUAUUCAAGCAUUUGAUACCAUUAAUAUCAAUAUAAAUUUGAGCUCUAAUAAUUUGUGUCCUAUCGACUGGGAAGAAUUACCUUAUGAAGUUCGUCCAUCUGGUGGAGAUAUACCUGAUAAAAGAUUGAUCAGAAAAACACAACAAUUGGAAAAUCUUAUUCAUUCUACAUUAAAUGUUGUUAAAAAUGGUGAUGUAGUAGUAGAUUUCUGUUGUGGGAGUGGACAUUUAGGAAUUGCAAUUGCUUAUCUUGUACCAAACAUUACAGUAAUAUUGGUUGACAAUAAAGAAGAGUCAUUACGAAGAGCUAGAGAGCGUAUUGAAAAGUUAGAUUUAAAAAACAUUAUGAUUGUGCAUUCUAAUUUGGACUAUUUUAAAGCAAAUUUCCAGGUAGGUUUAUGUUUACAUGGAUGUGGUGUUGCUACAGAUUUGGUGUUAGAAAAGUGUCUACAACAAAAUGCAGCAUUUGUUGUAUGUCCUUGUUGUUAUGGAGGUGUCCAAGAUAAUCAUAUUUUGGAAUAUCCAAGAAGUCAAGCAUUGAGACAAGCUAAUUUCUCAUUUGAAGAUUACUUAGUAUUGUGUCAUUGUGCAGAUCAAACUCAUUUUGAUCCAAAUUGUACAAAAACACAACAAGGUUAUACUUGCAUGGCGGCAGUAGAUAAAGAUCGUGCAACCAGAGCAAUAGAAGUUGGUUAUGAUGUGACACUUUCAAAAUUGGAACCACCUACUUGUACGCCAAAAAAUAAUAUGCUAAUUGGUAUCCCAUCGUAAAAAAAAAAAUAAUACAACGUUGUAAUGACAUUUUUCAACAUAUCAAAAUGACAUUAUACAAUUUGAUAACUGAUCUAAUACAUAACAUGUUAAAAUAUUA